AUGGUAACCCCCAACGACUCUAAACGUUCGUCGAUGGACAAGGUGGGGGUCGAAGUCGAAGAGAGUGUUCCUGUACGCGACCCUCUCAUUGAGCAAUAUGAACUCAUCCGGGACAAGACUCCCGAGGAGCUCAAAGCUCUCGACAAAGCAAAGCCAUCCUGUUGGCGCUAUUACACCCUAGAGCUAACGACUCGGGAUUACUACAGCUAUCUCGAUCGAAUCAACGUCUCCAACGCCCGUUUGGCCGGCAUGCAAGAAAACUUACACAUGACCGACACCAUGUGGUCGGCUGGUAUUUCAAUGUUUUACGUCGGGUACAUCAUCUCGCAGGUCCCUGCCAACGUCAUCAUCGCCAAGGGCAAGCCGAGAAUCUUGCUUCCAUGCUGUAUGCUUAGCUGGUCUGCCGCGACCAUCUGCAUGCCUGCCGUCACAGCUGGCUGGAGCUUCAUGCUCUGUCGUUUCCUCGUUGGGAUCACUGAGGGGCCGUUUGUGCCGGCCGUACCCCUCAUGACCUCGUCGUGGUACACCAAACGCGAAUCCCCUCUUCGCAUGGGCAUUUCGCACGCUGGCAACACCAUAUCACAGGCGAUUUCUGGCCUUCUUGCGGCCGGUAUUCUGCAUAAUAUGGACAAUAUAGCCGGCUUGAGAGCUUGGCAGUGGUUCCUCUUGCUUGAAGGCAUUUUCAGUAUAUUGGUGGCUCUUGCUAGCUUCUGGUUCAAUCCCAACUUUCCUGAGUCAACCGGUACAUAUUUCUUCACCGCCGAGGAGUCGCAAAUGGCACAGUACAGACAGACUGUGUCAGCAGGUGGUCGCUCUGAGGACGAUGAAGGAGACUACUGGGGAGGUGUCUGGAUGGCUUUGAAGGACCCAUUCACUUACUUCUUCUCGGCAAUCCAUUUCUUCCUUAUCAUCGCCCAGUCUUACAAGGACUUCUUUCCAUCGAUCCUUGCCACCCUUGGCUUCGGUACAACCGUCACGUACCUCAUUCAGGCCCCACCAGCCAUCAUCGCUUUCUUGGCUACCUUGGCGGUUUCUUGGUCCUCCGGACGCAUGCUGGAGCACGGCUACCACAUCAUAGUACCCAUGCUCGCAACUGCCGUGGCCUGUGCAGUGAUGAUUACGACCCUCAAUGUUGGCGCCCGUUACUUCUGUAUGAUCUUGCUGGUCACUGGUCCUUUCAUCGGCCUCAAUCUUCAAAUCUCCUGGGAAACCACGGUGGUACCACGUCCGCCUACCAAACGAGCUGCUCUGAUUGCCAUUGCCAACUGCGUGUCUUCAGUUUCGCACUGGUUCACGCCGUACUUCUUCCUGCGUAACCAAGAGCCUUAUUAUCAGACUGGCGGUGGGGCUAUCAUUGUUGGUUGUGGGUUGACAGUCAUAUUUGUUCUUAUCACGAAGUGGUACUGCCAUAAGAAGAACAAGGAGUUGGAGGAGCAGGAAAGACUUGCGGGUGAGCCCAAGGGAUGGAGAUUCGCUUCAUAA